AUGCCGCCCAAUUCACGUAGCAUGCGUAUCGAGGACUUUGUGAGGGAGUGUCGAGGGAUCGGUUGGCGCGAAGAAAGGAUCAAAAGUCUGGAUGGUACUGAAAUCGCAUUGUGCAUCAGCGACGAGGUUGCAGGAAGCCAGGUAGAUUUGAAGCUACCGCCGGCCUAUGUCAUGUACUUUCAGGGGAACGCAUCUUCUCUACCGCCGCGGCUGCCCGACCUCUCCGCAGUUCUACACCGGCUGCGUGACAUCGAUCCGAAGACACGCUACGUCGUUGUCUGCCUGAGCUACCGCGGUUACUGGACCUCGCACGAUCGAGCCUCCGAGAAAGGAAUUAACAUGGAUGCGGAGGCUGGCAUUCGCUGGAUUUCGAGACACAGCCAGCAUAGCAUUGGGUGUGGCUUCGCAACCAAACUGGCUGCGACAACAAAGGCGAUGAAGGUGGACGGUUUGGUGCUGGAAACACCAUUCACUUCCACUCGCGACAUGUUGAAAGCGCUCUAUCCGCAAAAGUGGCUGCCGUAUCAAUACUUGUGGCCAUUUCUGCGGAAUUUCAUGGACAGCUGGACCAAUUUGGGCAUCAUCCGCGAGCGGGCCUCUGGGGCGCAACAACCUGGGAUCUACAUGGUCGAGGCAGGCAAGGACGAGCUUGUGCCCUGCAAACUUGGACAACGUCUCUUUGAACGUUGCCAAGAUCUCGGGCUCCCCGUCGAGAGGUCAAAGAUUCGAUCGGCUCUUCACAAUGAAGUCAUUGUGAGACCUCAAGGCAAGCAAGCCAUUGCGCAGUCCAUCGCGUCAGCCGUCGGAAGAGCACGACAAACGUGA